AUGGUACACAAUUGUUUGAGGAAGGAGAACGAGCAGUUGCUGAACAGUCUGAACGGCAGCAGCAACAGCAGGCAAACAGGGAACAAGAUGAUGAGGUAUCGCAGCCACAACUAUCACACCACAAGCGAGUCUAGCAGCAACGGAUCGCCAAGAUUUGUCUCUGAAUCUGACGACGUGGAUGUGAUUGGCUGCGGAUCGUCUCUGACGUCAUCGCUCUGCGUCACACCCGUCCAAUCAGAUGAGGGGGGAAGCGAAGCUCUUAUGACGUCACUGAAAUCCAUCGAUUACGUCGGAGCGACUGUGAAGAUGGACGACAGAGGACUGCGAUUGUAA